CCCUUGCACUGGGAGGCCAGAGCUCUCUGUUCUCAGCCUUAUUUUUUGAGACCAGGUCUCUCACUGUCUUAGUUAGGGUUCCUUUUCCUGUGCAAACCUCAUGACCAAGAAGCAAGUUGGGGAGGAAAGGGUUUAUCCAGCUUACACUUCCACAUUGCUGUUCAUCACCAAAGGAAGUCAGGACUGGAACUCAAGCAGGGCAGGAAGCAGGAGCUGAUGCAGAGGCCAUGGAGGGAUGUUGCUUACUGGCUUGCUUCCCCUGGCUUGCUCAGCUUGCUUUCUUAUAGAGCCCAAGACCACCAGCCCAGGGAUAGCACCACCCAUCAUGGGCUGGGUCCUCCCCCCUUGAUCCCUAGUUGAGAAAAUGCCUCACAGCUGGGUCUCAUGGAGGCAUUUCCACAACUGAGGCUCCUUUUCUGUGGUAACUCCAGCUUGUGUCAAGUUGACACACCAAACCAGCCAGUACACUCACUGACCCUGAUGUUUGAAGAUUAGGAAACUCUGGUGGACUGACACACAUACUCCAGGAAUCUACGUGUCUUUGCCCAGCUCCUGCCCACUGCUGGUCUUAUAGAUGCUGGAUGCUCUGCUCUGACCCAGGGCUUGGGAAUUGAACUUGGGCCCUCACGCCAAAAGGAUGAAGAUGUAGAGAACCCACAAAGAAGUCUCCAUGAAUGAGAGGGAACAGGGGUUGGGAGCACAUGCGGAAGGCAGGGCUUUCAGCCCAGGACAUGCCCUAGAAGAGGAAACUAAUGUGGCUGGUGCCCUGUGGGUGGAGUGGGGUAAGAUGGGAAUUCCAGCUGGGAGGUUCUGGAAAUAGGAGGAUUUUCCUAGAAGAGACACCCAGUGCCUCCUGCCUUCUAGAGCUUCUUUGUGUGUGUGUGUGCACGCUUGUGCGUGCGUGUGCGUGUGUGUGUCUAAAGCUCUUUUCAUUUCUUUGUAUCAGAGUUAAUCCAGUGUUUUCAAACACCAGUCACUGUUCUAUUUCCCUUGAAUCUGUUCCCAAGGAAAGUAAAUAUUUACAGCCCCGGUGGUAAGGUGUGUUGCUUGGGUAAGCGUUCAGGAAUAGGCAACUUCACACGCAGUCUAGCGAACCGCGUUCUGUUUUUGUUUUGCUACGCUGCUAAUCGGGCAAGGACGAUUUGGGCAGGAGAGUCCAUAUCUUAACCAACCAUCUGUCACAGGAAUGUAGCUCUCCGGCAGCUGUCAGCCUGCAGCACGCUCCCUGGGACUGGACUUUUUUUUUUUAACCCGUGUUCUAGUGGAGGCAGCAGUCUAUUUUGCUGGUCACCGUUGCAAAGGACCGUUUAUACCGGAGGCCUUAGAGACAAAAGCCAAAAACCCGGCAUAGGGAGCCCUUUCCAGAUUGGCCUUCGUUAUGCAAGGAGGCUGUCCUGCAGAGACCCUGGUGGGCAUGGACAUCUUUUUCUGUACCUUAGUGUGACGGCCCCAACACAAAAUUACCAAGGCCAUCUCAGGGGUGCCCGUGCCAGGAGUGGAGGGCGGCGUCCCCGGGCCGCAGAGCCAUGCCUUUCGGCCUGAAGCUCCGCAGGACCCGGCGCUACAAUGUCCUGAGCAAGAACUGCUUUGUUACCCGGAUCCGCCUGCUGGACAGCAAUGUCAUCGAGUGCACACUGUCCGUGGAAAGCACAGGACAAGAGUGCCUUGAGGCGGUGGCCCAGAGGCUGGAGCUGAGGGAGACCCACUACUUUGGCCUUUGGUUUCUCAGCAAGAGUCAGCAGGCAAGAUGGGUGGAGCUGGAGAAGCCGCUGAAGAAACAUCUGGACAAGUUCGCUAACGAGCCUCUGCUUUUCUUCGGAGUCAUGUUCUAUGUGCCAAGUGUGUCACGGCUUCAGCAGGAGGCCACAAGAUAUCAGUAUUACCUGCAAGUCAAAAAAGAUGUGCUUGAAGGGCGGUUGCGGUGCUCCCUGGAACAAGUGAUCCGGCUGGCUGGCUUAGCUGUGCAAGCUGACUUCGGAGACUAUAACCAGUUUGACUCCCAGGAAUUCCUCCGAGAGUAUGUGCUUUUUCCUAUGGACUUGGCCAUGGAGGAGGCUGCUCUGGAGGAGCUGACCCAGAAGGUGGCCCAGGAGCACAAAGCCCACAGCGGGAUCCUACCGGCAGAAGCUGAGCUGAUGUAUAUCAACGAGGUAGAGCGUUUGGAUGGAUUCGGACAGGAGAUCUUCCCAGUGAAGGACAGUCAUGGCAACAGCAUGCACCUUGGCAUUUUCUUUAUGGGGAUUUUCGUGAGGAACAGGAUUGGAAGACAGGCAGUAAUAUACAGGUGGAAUGACAUCGGGACUGUUACCCACAGCAAAGCAGCCAUCCUGCUGGAGCUGAUUGACAAGGAGGAGACCGCACUCUUCCACACAGAUGAUAUUGAAAAUGCCAAGUAUAUUUCUCGGUUAUUUACCACACGGCACAAAUUUUACAAACAGAACAAGAUCUGCACUGAGCAGUCAAAUUCUCCACCACCGAUCAGACGCCAGCCCACCUGGAGCCGCUCCUCACUGCCAAGGCAGCAGCCGUAUAUCCUGCCUCCCAUGCAUGUCCAGUGCAGUGAGCACUACUCGGAGACCCAUACUUCCCAAGACAGUAUCUUUCCUGGGAAUGAAGAAGCCUUGUACUGCAAUUCUCACAACAGCCUGGACCUAAAUUACUUGAAUGGCACCGUCACCAAUGGCAGCGUGUGCAGCGUUCACAGCAUCAACUCCCUCAGCUGCUCCCAAAGCUUCAUCCAGGCGUCUCCAGUGUCCUCCAACCUCAGCAUCCCAGGAAGUGACAUCAUGAGGGCCGAUUACAUCCCCAGCCACCGCCACAGCACCAUCAUCGUGCCGUCCUACAGGCCGACCCCAGACUACGAGACAGUCAUGCGGCAGAUGAAGAGGGGGCUGCUGCACGCGGACAGCCAGAGCCGGUCUCUGCGGAAUCUCAACAUCAUCAACACCCACGCCUACAACCAGCCCGAGGAACUGGUGUACAGCCAGCCAGAGAUGCGGGAGAGGCACCCCUACACGGUCCCGUACGCACCCCAGGGGGGCUAUGGUCACAAACUUGUUAGUCCAUCUGACCAGGUGAACCCCCAAAAUAGUGCGAUGCCUAGCAAGCCAGGGGCCGGCUCCAUCUCGCACACAGUGAGCACUCCAGAACUGGCCAACAUGCAGCUCCAAGGAGCCCAGCACUACAGCACGGCCCACAUGCUCAAGAACUAUCUCUUUAGGCCGCCGCCCCCUUACCCCAGGCCCCGCCCUGCCACCAGCACCCCAGACCUCGCCAGCCACCGCCACAAGUACGUCAGCGGCAGCAGCCCUGAUCUGGUAACUCGCAAAGUGCAGCUCUCUGUGAAGACCUUCCAGGAGGACAGCUCUCCCGUGGUCCAUCAGUCUCUGCAGGAGGUGAGCGAACCCCUCACUGCCACCAAGCACCAUGGCGGGGGUGGUGGCGCGGUGAACAAACGCCACAGCCUGGAGGUGAUGAACAGCAUGGUGCGAGGCAUGGAGGCCAUGACGCUCAAGUCGCUCAAUAUCCCCAUGGCUCGACGCAACACACUUCGGGAGCAGGGCCCUUCCGAGGAGGCCGGCGGCCACGACGUGCAUGGCCUCCCCCAGUAUCACCACAAGAAGACCUUCUCGGAUGCCACCAUGCUGAUCCACAGCAGUGAGAGCGAGGAGGAGGAGGAGGCCCCGGAGGCAGCACCUCAGAUUCCCGAGCUCCGGGAGAAAGUAGAAUACAGUGCCCAGCUGCAGGCCGCCCUGGCCCGCAUUCCCAGCAGGCCCCCACCUGAGUACCCAGGGCCAAGAAAAAGCGUCAGUAAUGGGACGCUGAGACAGGACCAGGGGACCCUCCUUCCUGCCAUGGCCAGGGCCAGGGUGCUGAGACAUGGACCAGCCAAGGCCCUCAGUGUCUCCCGGGCCGAGCAGCUAGCUGUCAACGGGGCCUCUCUGGGCCCCUCCAUCUCUGAGCCUGACCUAACCAGCGUGAAGGAGCGGGUCAAGAAAGAACCUGUGAAGGAAAGGCCGGUGUCAGAGAUGUUCUCCCUGGAGGACAGCAUUAUAGAGAGAGAGAUGAUGAUUAGGAAUCUGGAGAAGCAGAAGAUGACGGGCCUGCAGGCACAGAAGAGACCGCUGAUGUUAGCAGCACUCAAUGGGCUCUCAGUGGCCCGAGUCUCGGGGCGGGAAGAUGGUCGCCAUGAUGUCACCCGAGUCCCCAUGGAUGAGAGGCUCAGAGCCCUGAAGAAGAAGCUGGAAGAUGGAAUGGUGUUCACGGAGUACGAGCAGAUCCCGAACAAAAAGGCCAAUGGCAUCUUCAGCACCGCCACUCUGCCCGAAAAUGCUGAGCGCAGCCGGAUCCGAGAAGUCGUCCCUUAUGAGGAGAAUCGAGUGGAGCUCAUCCCGACCAAAGAAAACAACACCGGCUACAUCAACGCCUCCCACAUCAAGGUGGUGGUUGGUGGAUCAGAAUGGCACUACAUUGCCACCCAGGGGCCCUUGCCACAUACAUGCCAUGACUUCUGGCAGAUGGUGUGGGAGCAGGGGGUGAAUGUGAUCGCCAUGGUCACUGCAGAGGAGGAGGGUGGACGGACCAAAAGCCAUCGAUACUGGCCCAAACUGGGGUCCAAGCACAGCUCAGCCACCUACGGCAAGUUCAAGGUCACCACCAAGUUCCGGACAGAUUCUGGUUGCUAUGCAACCACGGGCCUAAAGGUGAAGCACCUGCUCUCGGGGCAGGAGAGGACGGUGUGGCACUUGCAGUACACCGACUGGCCCCACCACGGAUGCCCAGAGGAUGUCCAAGGAUUUUUGUCCUACUUGGAGGAAAUCCAGUCAGUCAGACGCCACACCAACAGCGUGCUGGAAGGCGUCAAGACCAGGCACCCCCCCAUCGUGGUUCACUGCAGCGCAGGGGUGGGAAGGACCGGCGUGGUGAUUCUCUCCGAGCUCAUGAUCUACUGCCUAGAGCAUAAUGAAAAGGUGGAGGUGCCCACGAUGCUGAGAUUCCUCAGGGAGCAGAGGAUGUUCAUGAUCCAGACCAUCGCGCAGUACAAGUUCGUCUACCAAGUCCUCGUCCAGUUCCUGCAGAAUUCCAGGCUCAUCUGAUCUCCCCGGAUGCAGCUUCUGGAGGAGGGACCCAGCUCUGUCCUGCAGGGGGCGCCGCACCCAGACAACAUCCGCCUCCCCGCCCAGCUGGAGGCGGAUGGCUGGCAGCAGGCAGGAGCCAGAGUUCCUUAUAGGCGUCAUGCGUUAUUUUUAUGAGAUAAUUUAUUUUUUCCCCUCUUUGGAAUAAGUUCUGCGCGUUAUUAUAAUGCUUUUUCCCCCCACGAUAAUAUAGUGCUUCUCAUUCGAACCACGCGUUGACUGAUCUGCAGUGGAAGCCCCCGGGAGGGAAGGUGGUGGCGCCAUGGGACUUUGUAGACACAGAGGCAUAAGGGAAAGCAUCUCUAGUGAAGUUGCAGACAAAUCAAUGGUGCCCCCAGUCAGAAGUGGCAAGAGAAAGAACUCAUCCUCAGCUGGAGGGGGGAGAGAGCCAAGGUCCUCGGAAGUGUUCCUUUACACGCUGGGUUCGUGCACCGAGCUGGGUGGCUGCUUUUCUCUCCUUCGCUUCCUCCCUAAGCCUAGGUGAAAGGUGGGAUCGGCUGGAGAGCGCAGAGCCUCUAAGGGCGGUCAUGAUGUCUUCGGUGAUGGGGGCGCUAUUGUCUGUGCCCCUCACCCUUGUUCUGGUUCAGAAGUCUGAUAGGUGAUGGGCGGUGGGGUGGGUAUCUGCCGCUACAUCUCCCAUGCCCACAGCACGGUAGUCUGGUAGCCCUGGGCCAGGCCAUCUGCAAAGCUCAGCCCUUUGCCUGAUUGUGAGAAAAUAACACACCAGUAGGAAUGGAGUUGGGCGUGGCCUUGCUGUGGAUUCUUACGUUCACAACGUUGAGCGUGGUGGGUGGCGACGUAGGAGAUGAAGUUUAGGUACACUCCAUCUUCCUAUCCGUUCCUAAGUUGUUAGAAGCUUCUAAAGGGAAAUGGGGAAGCUGGGAGAUGUCCGGCACAUAGUAGGGCCCUGGACAGCACAUAGUAGGGCCCUGGCCAGGAGGCACACACCUUUGUCCAACUCACCGUGUGCUGCUGAGUUGAUUCUUCUUAGGGCUUCCUCGUUGUCCUGAUGCGGGGUUCCCGGAUGAUCUUGAAUUUGCUGUGUAGCUGGGAGGGUGACCCCGAGUCUUCCCGUCUCCUCUUCCCAAGUGCUGUGAUUUCAGGUGUGUCCCACCACACACAGGCCACCCUUGCCCCUUGUGACGAAUGCUGAGGCUGCCUCUUGCCAAACUUUCCACCACCCUUUUCCUGUGUAGCCCAGUCUGGUCAGUGACGGCGUCAACCGCGUUCGAUUCGAAGCCCAGUUUCCUGCCUGUGUCUGCUUUUUCUCUGAGUGUAAUUUUCUGAGUUUGUGGAACUGACCGCGUCAGGGCUUCCUCCACAGUUCCAUUUUCCCUGUGUUUUUUCCUGAGCUGAAAGGACAAACCAGAAAGUGCGUAUCUUUGUGGCUUCUGUCCCCACACGUUAGUGAAUGCUUAUGACAGCAGAUUCCCCAUUAAUUCCUCUGGAAGGUGAGCAAAGCAACCACUGGGCCAGGGUGGUGCUGGUGCUGAUGUUGCUACGGCAUCUGUGGGCUCAGAAUCUGUAGGAGGCGUGUCCAUCCCCCCUUCCACCAGGUGAAUUGAAAUGAGGCGCCCAGGUGUAUGGAGCCUUGUGGGCCUAGGGUACUGUGUUAAACUCUGACAUAGGUAUUUUGGGGGAAAUGUUAGAGUAUUAAGGGUAGGGAAGUCUCUUUUAACUUCCUUUGACAAUGUUUCCCCUCUUAUGUGUCCUGACUGUCGGUCCCACGAAUGGUUUCAUUAUGUGACGGAGAACACUAAUCCUUGCCUGUUGUCUCUAAGCUUUAGUUGGUCAGAAUGUCUCCAAUGGGCCUCGAGGAGAUACGAAACCCCUCUGAACUUGUCCCUUGGGCUGUUUCUACCAAUGCUAGAAGGAAAGGGUACAGGGAAGAUGUCAGUUUGCUAUCCAACUUCCUAGCCAACACAUGAUGAGACCCAAAGGAAAACAUUUAAGUGUCCUGCGUACAUAUUCCAUUCUUAGACACAGUUGCUUCUGGUUCUUCAAUGCAUUCCGAAUCCCUUUCCCAUCCCCAGUCAAGUCCCCAUGGAUCUCUGGUUAAAUUAUCAUCAGGCAUUUAAAGUGGCAUCUGUAUGAUUGCCCAGAGAUGCUUUUCUGUCUGGGAAGUUAGCCAAGGAAUAAACCUUGAAGCAAAGCGUAUUAAAUUAGUUCUCUGGUUAGGACUUUUGGAAAGGUUUUCUACGAUGCUUGGGGAACCGGAGCUGUCAGGGCCCCCCCAUUGCUGUAGUUUGGAUUCGAAGUGGGGGGGGGAAUUAAACAGCCGAGCUCGCCGGCCAUGGUUUCGAGGUUUUCCAGUCAUACCGCUCUCUUCUCUCACACACACUCAUCUGCCUGUGUCCACCUUCGCCCUGGUUCAGGGGUCUCCACAUCCUGGUCGCUCAACGUGGUGUCUUCUUUCCUGAGAUUGCGAGUUGUGUUAAAGGCGGGGGUUGCGGAGCGUCAGGCUGAGUUGUGGCUGGUCUUACGGGGUCUCUGCAGUGACUUUAGGUAGAGUCUCCGGGGGCCGCACAUCUGCCUGUACUCCUUCUUCAGUAGAGGAGAGAACAGUGUUAGGCAUUCGGGUCGCUUUAUUGAGGAGGAGACAAAUGGGCUCCUCUGCUCACUUGAAGAAGAGCCGCAGUUACUAGGGAGGCUGAGUGUGUCUCACGUGGGCCGCAUCCAGUAAUAAGCUUUGAUUUAAGGUGCUUGCUUUGGGAGACUUUUACUGCUAUAAGAGAGGGCUUCUACUCAGUUAGAAGCAAGAUGUCAUCCCGUACCCCCAACCCCCACUCCAGUCUUGGGCUCUCUCAGCCACCUCCACUUCAGGACAUGGUCCUCAUGGGACGCAGCCACCACCAGCUUCUAAGCAAGCUGUUCCUGACUUGUGCUUCCAGCUACGACCUCCUGUGGGUCAUCGCCUCCCUAUCUUUUCUAGUUUAAGGCAGAUGGACCUGUGGUGAAUUUCCAGCCUGACUGAAAGCAUGCCACUUGUUUCUUCCCCAGUUCAGGAAAGGUGUCCCGCCAUCUGUCUUUUCUACAGCUAAGCUAGUGGACACAGAACUGGUUCUUUCUGACCCCGCCACCCAGCCAUGCUGGCCUUUCAUCUGGUUGGGCUGGGAGGUACCCCCGAAUGGUGACAGGCUGGCUUGACAGAUGUGUCGUCUUCUGUCACCUCCUGUAAGCUCAGGCCAGACAUGUUUGACAACGAGUUGAAGGUAGCAAGUGCCCUGCACCUUCCAGGCUCUCUCACCUCUCGUGGCAUGUCUGGUGGAGAGAGCAAAUCCAGCUCAUUGAGUUCUGUUUGGAGAUGUGCCAGUUACGUGAGGUAGAGAGGGCAAAAAAACACCAGGACGUUCUAGAAUAAACUCAAGGGACAUUAUUCAUUUCUUCUCAGUAUUAGGAAAUGAGCUGUCCACGGAGUGCCCUGUCACUGCCGUCGAGCCCUCAGCUGCACUUAACAAAGAUUCUGCCCCUGCUGCUUCCAGCCAGCAUUCUAGCCAGGCGGCCACCAAGUUCUCAUUCGGUGUUGUCUCUCCCUGAGUGGUAGCUCUGACUCCCUCAGCUUUGAGCGGAGAGCUCUGGGUCUCCCGUAGGAAUGGCAUAGUCCCUGGUGACCUAUGGCUUGUUGAGUGACAGAUGAGUCGGCUCUGGAGGGUGGAGUCAGUCACAGUUAGCCCCGGAGGGUCAUUGCAGCCUGAAAAUGCCUUCGCCUCGCUUCUGAGUCCGUUGGUGGCAAAUCACCUUGGGGAAAUAUGAGGGUGUGCUGCCAACCCAUGCAGAUGUCACCCAUUCUAGGGGAGCUGGAACCCGGGUCCAGCAGCUUGUCCAGUAUCCAUCCUGUCUUCCCUGUCCUCAGCUUCUGCAUUUCUGUUACACCUUAGGGGAAGUGAGGGUUUUUACCCAGUGUGUCCAGUCCUCCAUGGCCUUAAUACGAUUAAUACGGCACACUGUGUUUCUCAGACUCUCACUGGCCCGUUGCUGCUAGCCUGUUCGUGGCCAGGCACUGGGGAUCUGGCACCCCUCGAUCUCAUAGGUGGAUAACGCACUGCCGUUUGGAGGCCGGGCCUUGCGGUUCAGAGCUGUGUUCCGUCUCCUCAUCUUAGAGAUAAGUGAAAGGAUGUUUGGUUGUCUGGCGGGAGGGUUGGAGCAAACGCCAGCCUAAGCAUGUCCAACUGUUACCUAGACAGCGACUCUUCUGCUAUGGGCUUGCCAGCAGGACCAGCGCUUGUCCAAAGACAGUGGGGAGGUUAGAUCACCCCCGAAUUUCUUACCCAAAGUUUAUUGGGCAUAAAAUGUUUUGGACCCUGCAGCAGUGAUGUCAGAGUUGGAAACGAUGAUACAACACCCCAGGGAAGGCUGUGAUCCAGUGUUGAGAUCGACUUCUCCCGGGCUCCUGGCCUGCUCCCCGUACUGGGUUGUCACAUGUGGCCCUUGCAUCUGGGCAGUUGCUUUGGAGACUCCUUGCCCGAUACUGCACGCCUGUGAGCAGGGUUCUGCCCCUGCAAUGUUACAUCCACGCUUAGCAUUCCCAGUCUCCCUUGCUGGUGAGUGCCUGUGCGAGCCAUGUUUAUCCAAACACGGUGAGGGUGAGUGUUCUGGUGCGGGGACGGGGCGGUGCCCCUGUGCAAUUCCACUGUCUGCAUUCCAGGUCACUUUGUCUAUUCAGAUACCACCAACUCUCCUUGCUUGUUUGCUUGCUUUCCAGACCAGCUCUCUGAAGCUCCCUCUUAAUUUUUUCCUGCCUGGCCACGGAGCGGGCAAGAGGACCAUGGUCUUGAACCUCUCUAAAAUGUCCAUGGAGGAAUUCUUAAUUUAAGAAGGAAUGACUCCAUGCCUUUGGGGUUGGAUAGGGAAUAGGAUCUGGGAAAUGAGUGUCCAAAACGAGUUGGGGAGAAGACUUCUUACAACCAGGCCUCCUGUCCUGAGGUGCAGCACCGUCCCUCAGUACCAGAAGAGAGAGGAAAAGGACGAAUAUUAGUUCGAUUAGAAAUAACAUUGGCAGCAGGCUUCCUGUUUAUUACAGGUGCCCCAACAGGCUUUAGGACGAGAGCGCUGGUGUGCAGUCUAACUACCCCUGGCUCGCCUGGACUGUUUGCUCCAGUCUCCCUGGUCAGCUGGUGGGACAGGUGCACUGCAGGGCUUCCCAGGGAGCCCCACAGGGUGUGCUAUGAUCGACGGCUAAUGCAGAAUAAGCUAUCUGCCUAGCCUCCUGCCUUAUUAAGUUUUCUUCUCCAACCUCUUCCUUCAGGGACACAAACUCUUUUGGGUGGAAAGCAGAGAGUAGAGGAGCCAUCAGUGCCUUGGGGUGGGACCUCACACUAAACCCUCAGGAAUGCUGCUUGAGCAUGGCCAGGUGGCGUUCUUGGCAUUUCUCUGGGGCCUCCGCCUCCCUCGGUGCAGUGCUAGCUAAUAAAUACCUUGAGCAUUGAACUGAAAACUCUUUCCUUCCGAGCCAUUUUAUUUAGACUCAAAGGCUGUAAAGUUUUACUGCAAUUUCCUUUGAAGUUCUUCGCCACUAUUGGUAGUCCUAAAAUUCUUCAACCACAUUCUUUCAGAUACAAGCCCACACUUCCUUAGAGAUGAUUUCCACUGUAUGCCCUCUGUCCCUCAGUGGUCAGCUGACCUGGCUGAGGGUUCCCUGGGGAGGUUCCACGUGCAGAUGACUAUUGAAAGUGUAACCUUUUGUGACGUGUUACAUAAUAACUGGCUACUUUGCUUCACCAGUCCUUCACUCUUUUGUUCAGUAUUUUGAUGCUUGCGUUUUGGUUGUUUCUGUCAGAUGUUGUGAAUUUUGGUUUCCUUCAAAAUAAUUGACAUUUGAUGGUUUUUAUUUUGAAAUGAUGCACAGACACCCCCACCCUCAGCUUAGAAACCAGCUUUCUUUAGGGUUCUUGGGUCAGCCCACAGAAGCCUACAGACCUCCGCCAUGGCUGGAAGGCAGUGCUAUGCCAGAUGUGGUUGGCUUUUAUGGGCUUGCACAUGGGCUAGCAGCACCCACUAUGUUGUAAGCUGUGAAAGAAAGAAAGAAAGAAAGAAAGAAAGAAAGAAAGAAAGGAAGGAAGGAAGGAAGGAAGGAAGAAAGAAAGAAAGAAAGAAAGAAAGAAAGAAAGAAAGAAAGAGAAAGAAAGAAAGCAUUCCAGGUUGGGACUCAGCACCUAGUCCAUGGCAGUUGCCGACUGAGACGGCUGUCAAACCUCUCUCCUCGCAAACUGCACCUGAGGACCGGGGACAGAGGAGACAAGAGGACGACAUUCCUUCCUAAGUUACCAAUUAUCACGUUGACUGUACUUUGGCAGAGACUCUCCGUCACGUGGAUAAUAUUAAAAGCCCUAAAUAAAGUUAUGCAUGCUGUUGUUCAUCAGUAACAAGCGUUUGCCUGCCAGCCUCUGCCACAGACAGCUCUGAGGUGUAGGGUGCUGGCUUUUGACAGUAUUCUUUUGCACUGUUCCCUCUUUCUACGAAGUCUUAUUUAGGUAACAGUCCUAGAGGAUGUUGUCUCUGUCCUUGUCGUUGCUGUAAAAUGUUUCCUAUGUGCCUUUACAAAUGUGAGGUCUUUAUUCUAACCCCCCCUUUUUUGUAAAAGAUAUCUAUUGAUUUCUACAUGCAAUAAACCUUGUUUUGAGAGAAAA